CCUUGGUGCAACUCUUGACCGUACCCUGGCUAUCACACGCCCUCUACAUUAUGAACAAGUAUCAUCUGCAACGUUGAAUAUAAUUGGAGUACACGCUGUAGAGAUCAGACGUUAUUUUAGACUACAAACUGGUAUACAACAAUGUCUUUGAUCAAUGCAACCGAAAAAGCCUUUGAUCCCGGCUUAUCAGUACUACAACAGAUCAACCUAAAACUUCAAGCAUGUUUUGCGUAUUUUUCAAUAUUUGAUAAUUUCAUCAUAUUACUUACGUUGGCGUGUAUCAAACAUUUCCAUAGCAAACACUUUGUAUUUCUGAUGAGUUUGACGUUAUCCGAUUUUAUAACUGGAUUUUUACUGGCGUGGACAACACACAAACCAUCCCAGCUUCUCAUCCAAUGCGCCAAUACCACCUCCAUUAUUGCAACUCUUAGCAUCCUUGGUGCAACUCUUGACCGUACCCUGGCUAUCACACGCCCUCUACAUUAUGAACAAGUAUCAUCUGCAACGUUGAAUAUAAUUGUAAGUUUCAUUAUUUGGGUUUUCUCUGGUAUUCUAGUUUUGGCGAGUCCUGUAUUUAUCUCAUUCGCUAUCAUCGGUUUCAUCGUCAGCCCAGUUUUGAUAUUUUCCAUAGCUAUAGUCAUAACGCUUUUAAAUGUAUCUAUCCUGAAAUCUCUCUCCCAAUCGUCAAGUUUUAUGAGCGAUGAGAGGCGAGAAGAGAACAAGAGAGUUGUCAAUCUUCUCUUGAUCUUAACGGCCAUAUUUGUAGUUUGCUGGUUACCGCUCUGCAUCACAUUUCCUCAAGGGGUAUUUUCGUCCGAAAGAGAGAUUCAAGCGGUGGACUGUUUAACAAUUGCACAAGGAAUUCCAAUGGUGCUGCUGACUCUUCAAGCAGGUUUAAAUCCUUUGAUAUAUUGGUGGCGCUUACCAAGUUUCCACGAAAGAAUGAACAAACUUGUGGAAGCGAUUUGGAGAAAUGUUCCAAGAUUUCGGGGCGUACGUGUUGAAAAUGUGUCACAUUUGGAACGGUAGAAUAAGUUGUUUAGAGCAAUAUAAAUGUAUUAAAUGUCAGUACCUGGGCAUGUGAUGUGUAAUUAAUUACAAAAGAGGCUUAGAAAAACAUUGGAAUUAGAUUACUCUUGUUUAAUAUGCUGGUUUGAGUACGUAUUAACAUUGUAUCUAAUAUGAUUGUUGUGCUGUAUGUUGAUUUAAAAUAACUGAAAUGAUUUCAGCCUUUAAAAAUCAUGAAUUGUCAACGUUUGCCAAUGUAGACCCCUGGUUGUUAAUACGGACCGCGAUCCAAAACACAGAAAUUGAUAUAUUGAUGACUUUAUUUGACAUUACUCAAUUUUCGACACAAUGGAAAGCAUUUUAUUAAAGUGAGAUUUUUCCGGGCAUCUAAUGGGGACAUAUCCUUAAAAUUUCCUUGACUUUCAUGCCAGGUAUCCCCAAACUAACGUUUCUGCAGGACCACGACAUUUUAAGUGGGUUAAAGAAGCCCCAA